GUAGGAAAAAAAUUAAGCUGUCAUUCAAAGAGCGAGGAGCUGAACUUUGUAGUUGAUGUAUUAGCAAAUAUAAAUAAAGGAGGAUGAGCAGCUCAGAGGAGGUGUCCUGGAUAUCCUGGUUCUGUGGACUGAGAGGGAAUGAGUUCUUCUGUGAGGUUGAUGAGGACUAUAUACAGGACAAGUUUAAUCUGACAGGUUUGAAUGAGCAGGUGCCACACUAUCGUCAAGCUCUGGACAUGAUUCUCGACUUAGAGCCAGAUGAGGAACUUGAAGAUAACCCCAAUCAGAGUGAGUUGAUAGAACAGGCAGCAGAGAUGCUUUACGGGCUUAUACAUGCACGCUACAUCCUGACAAACAGAGGCAUUGCACAGAUGUUAGAAAAGUAUCAACAGGGGGAUUUUGGCUAUUGCCCCAGAGUCUAUUGUGAGAAUCAGCCAAUGCUUCCUAUUGGUUUGUCAGACAUCCCAGGAGAGGCAAUGGUGAAGCUGUAUUGCCCAAAAUGUAUGGAUGUGUACACCCCGAAAUCCUCCAGACACCACCACACAGACGGAGCCUAUUUUGGGACGGGGUUCCCCCACAUGCUGUUCAUGGUGCACCCAGAGUAUCGUCCAAAGCGGCCAGCCAACCAGUUUGUUCCAAGGUUAUAUGGUUUCAAAAUUCACCCGAUGGCCUAUCAACUCCAACUUCAGGCUGCAUCAAGUUUCAAGAGCCCAGUCAAGACAAUUCGCUAGAACUCAGCUUUGAAAGAGACAGUGGACUCCAAAGACUUUGUUGUUUACUACUUGUUUAUGGAAUGGAUUUUGUUCCCAAUAAAUGCCUGUACAGUUCUCCAAACCCACAUCUGUGUUUAUGGACACUCUCAGAUCCAGCCGUUUAGUGAAGCACUGUUACAGUUGAGCAGAUUAGGUCGUUUUCUGUGUUAAACAUAUUAUUCUUAAAGGAUUGGUCUCCUGAAACAGUGUUUGACCUUAAUUGAUGUCAAUCCAUGUUAUCACCUUAUGGGGUUGUUUCCCUUAAACAGAAAAAUGGCUUUAACUGUAAUGAUAAUAGUGAGGUGUAUUUUGCUCUGUGGCUUUAUUCCAGGUGAUUGAAUGUAACAGGAAAACUUGCCACCAGCUCCAGACAGAUUUGCCUUAUCAGUGAUGUGGUCUGUUAAUACUUUUUAAAGUUAAUAUCAAGUAAUUUUGACACGUGCUGCAGAACAGAUGGUGGAAUGUGCUUGUGAGUUUCAUGCUGAAUUUCAUUUCAUUUAUGACUUCCAAUUUCGUUUGAUAACAGUGAUGUGUGUAAAUGCAACCAGGUGCUAUUUCCAAAAAACAAUGCAUACUUUAUUUGAAGCAGAAAGGUAAAACUCAUCUUAAAAAUUAACCUGUGCUUGAUUUCAAUUUCAGUGGCUCUGUAUUUGCUUGAUUAAGGCACCUGUAACUAUUUUCUUGAUAAUUCUCUAUUUGUCGUUAUCGUGUUACAAUCUAGAUGGGUUUGGUGAUACUUUGUUGAU